GUUUCCAGUAGGGAUAUUGUAAUAUUGAAAUUUCUCAAUUUCCCCCAUUCUGUUUAUGAAAUGUUUUUGGAGGAACAAAGACUUGCUGUGUAGAAGCUAGUAUCAUUGCAAAAUCGAGUAAUGGCUUCAACAAGAAAGCGGAAGAUCCGCAAAGAUUCUCGGAGACAAACCCUGGAUUCUGCCCCCGAUUCGAAUUAUUCUCGAGCACUCCAGAAGCUGCUCUCCGCAAUCAAAACUCCUGAGGGCAUAAAAUCACCCAUCUUGAAGAGUUUGUAUUGUUUACUUGUCCAUAUGUCCAUGGAUUCCCUGAGCAAAGUUGAUGUGAAUGAUCUACGAGGGAUUUCUGACAUUUUAUUCAAAGAACUACCGUUGAGGUUUAACAAUUUAUUCUCUUCUCUAUAUGAUGUUUGUACAAGCAAGGAUCUUGGACAAGGUAGCAUACAUGUGAAUUGUACAGUUGAAGUACUAGUUUUGCUGUUAAGGUGUAGUAUGGCUAUCCUGGAAUUGCAUAUAUAUGAUCAUAAUGUUGUUUUGGAAAAAGGCGGGAUUCUUUUGAAGAUACUUUGUAAGUUGUGUUCCAUAAACUUACCAAAGAGAAAAGACAGGAAAGACAUAAGUUUGCAGAACUCAGUUUUUCAUGCGUGCACAUAUGAUGAUGAUGAUUUCACAACCACUUCCAGAGAGGAACUUGUUGCUUCCCUUCAAUUCUAUGAGCCACCUAAUCUUCAAACUUCAUUUGCAAUUGCUAUGUUGGAGGUAUUUCUUGAUGAGCUUUUGGUUCAUGGCAAAUUACGAGCAAUAUUUAGGCUGAUUGACUUAUUUUCCUCUACUAGUGAAACUUUGUUUAUGCCUCAGUCCACUCAGAAAGAUAUUAGUUCAAAGAAACGUCAGAGUGAUAUUGGAAUCCUUAUGGAACUUGUUUCCACUUGCUUUCUCCUAUCAUUUUCUGGUGAAAAUGCAAUUGAAGAUUUUCUUUAUAGACUUUUCCGAGCACAGAGGAAGGAUUUCAAAUUCUUUAAAACUCCAGAAGUGAGUCUGACUGGGGCCAUAUCAUUGCUUCUCAAUCCAAUUGUUUCUUCUGCCCCAAAAAUUAUGCAAGCUUACGUGGUUUCAUCAGUAUCUGAAGCCAUGAGUGGUUUGAUGGAUGUUCAAAACCUGAAACCAAACUGUAAACUUCUUGACUGCUUUCUCUCAGUGUUUGAAAAAUCAGUCAAUAUGUAUAUGAAACUUAUAUCCUUUGUACAGAUCAAUGGUGAUUCUCCAAGUAAAUGUGCGUCUUUUGUCAACUCAAGCACAUAUAGAGGGAACUUUCCUCCACCUUUUGAAUCUUAUAUAUUGCCAAGCACACAGGAGAAGAUAAACUCUCUGAUUAAAAGGUUUGAGGAUUCAUCAGAUUCAUUCUUAGGCAACCAUUUCUUUGAACUGAAAUCUGACAUGACCAGUUCGUGUAUUGCAUAUGUGAAGGAUUGCCAAUGUCUUCUGGACCAAUCAUGCCAAGAUGAUGUAUUCUCAAUUAUAAGUUGUCUGAUUUUAAGAGCAUCAGUGAGCUUUGAUGAAUCUGUAAAGCCUGCAAUCAAGGGUAUGGAUCUUCAGGCUAUAUGUCUCCUAGUUGCUGUAUUGAAGUUAAUGGGCACUUCUUUGCUGCAUGCUAUAUCAUAUCUCUGGAAUGGUGAAAGUUAUGGGUCUUUCAAAACCUUGAAAAACUACUCAUUGUGCAAGGAGUACAUGUCUAUUUUGGGUUCAAUUAGCUGUUUUAGUGAAUCCAAAAUACACUUCCCAGUCCAACUGUUCUUAUGUAACAUAAUGGAGACGAACUUCAUCAAGCACAAGGAUUUCAUGGUGAUGCUUCUGCAUUUUUCAGGCAUGCUUGCGUUUAGUUUUUUAAAGAGGAUUGGUUGCUUAGCAAAUGGGUGCUUGUUAACUAUCACUGCUCUGGUGAAUUUGUUUGUACUUGAAGAGGGUUAUUUAGAUGAGUUGAGGUCAUUAAUUGUUUCUGGCUCAGACUCCGUCUCCGAUUCCUCUGCGUUACCCCUGGUCAGAAUCCAAGAGGCAGUAAUGGACCAGAGGCCUAGCAUAAUGGUUGCAUCAAAAUUUCAAAAUAUACAGAAUCUAUACUUGAGCAAGUCAAAGACUAUGGUAAAGUAUUGUGGCAGUGUGGAAGAUGGAUGGCCAGAGAGUUCAUCAAGUGCUUCUUCUUGUUUAUUUGACAAAGAAGAAAUGGUGAGCGUUGAAGAGGAAACAUUGAACGGUGAGAUCUUUCUCAGGUGCAUGGAACCCAACGCAAAACAUGACUCCGAUUUUGACGAGUUAGCCGAUUUUAUUGAGUGCAAACAAGGGAAGGAUUAUGCAGGUUGGCUACAGGAUAGAGAAAAAUAUAGAAAAUGGAAAUCUAAAAGGACAGCAAUGUUAAGGUGGAAGAGAAAGAGAAAGACUUGGAAAGUUUGGAAACGGAAAAGUAGUACUACUACUGGGUUAAUGGUUUCUGAAUUUCCAUGAGAAAAAUCAUCCUGAAAGUGGGAUACUGAUUGCCAUCAGAGAUGUUGGAUAUUAAAACUCCAAAUGCUCAGAGAAGAGCAUAUGUUUCAUAUGCUAUUUGUA